AUGGCCCUCGUCGCAUACUCCGAUUCUGAAACCUCGGACUCUGAACCAGAAAUUUCCACUCCCGCCGCCCCAACACCAGCAGCGAAGCCCGCGUCGUCCUCAAACGCACCCUCGGCCUCCGCGUCAAAAAUCACAUCAAUUGUUGACAAGGCUAACCCCCGCAAGAUCCGUGUUGCCUUGCCAGAGAUUAAGCCCGAAGUACCCGGUGAUGAAGGGGAGGAUGGUCCCGCGCGCAAGAAACCUAAGAUAGGCGGCGGUGGCGGCGCGUUCGCAGGCUUCAACUCAUUUCUCCCAGCGCCCAAACGACCCAGUGCGGUGGUGGAACAGGAAAAGAAACUAGGCGGUGGUGGCCCCGCCCGUAAGGUUUUCAGUUUGAAGACGGGGGCUGCGCCGGGGUUUGAUCGCGAGGCAGAUGAGGAGAUGAGGAAGGAUAUGGCGUUCGAGAGCUUAGGGGGAGGCGGGGGUGACGACGAAGAUGAGACGAUUCCCAAGGCAGGAAACUUAAGGGAUAGUGAGGAUGCGGAGUCUACGACUGUGAUGAAGAAGAAGCCCGAGGAAGUGGUUUUGAAGGGGAACCCGAUGAUGUUCAAGCCGUUGUCUGUGUCGCGGUCGGGGCAAAAGAAGAAGAGGGGGCCGAUUAUACCGCCGCCAUUGCCAGAGUCCAAGCCAAAAGCAGUAGUGACGGUGGAAGGGAAGGAGUCAGUCGUACAAUCGGAGGUACAGGCACAAAAGCCUACUGCUCCCGCUCCAGCACCCAAGCCCAAGGUCAGCCUUUUCUCCUUGUCUGCUGCAACGGAAGAAACAGCGAUGCCAGACUCGUCAACAUCAGUGCUUGGUGCAACAUACGAGCCUCUGGUUUACACGACGAGCGAGAACGCACCAGCAGCAGGCCCCGCUCCAGAGACCGAAUCGAGUCCCGCCGCAUCAGCGCAGUCGGCCCAGACGCUGGACUAUAUCGCGGAUGAUCUGAAUCUCUCCCGUUCUCAGCGACGCCAAUUGUUCGGUCGUAACGCCGACCCUUCUACCUCAAAAAUCCUGCACUUUAAUACAGACAUGGAAUAUGCUGCUAAUCAGGAGAUGGCGCACAAGGAGCUUGCUGCAACACAGCACAACCCUGUCCGGGCCAUUGCUCCUGGCAAGCACACGCUGCAACAGUUGGUCAACGCGGCGAGUACGCAGAAAGAAGCCUUGGAGGAAAGCUUUGCGUCUGGGAAGCGGAACAAGAAGGAGGCUGGAGCGAAAUAUGGUUGGUAG